GAAAAGCCUAAUAGAGGAUACAUACUAAGGUGUGGGUGGGUGGUGUAUGAAUGUGCUCUUGGUAGGUUUGCGUCAUGUAUGUUUUCAGUAGAAAAACAAUCUUGUCCUUCGCCAACUUUUCUACAAAAAAAAAAAACAUCAAGCUCUAUGACACUGGCAUGUACACUUUUAACAUCUGAACAAGAUUUAUCAAGUAUAAAAGAACAUGUAGACAUAUCAUCGUUAAACCAAGACUUUUUACUUGAAAUCUUGUCGACGUUUCUUUUACGACUAACGCGUUUGAACGACAAACGACAAGAAGGAAAAGAUCCUAAUGAAAUCCCAUUUUCAGCGACUAGUUUAAAAAACCCGAGUUUGGUGUUUUCAGCGAAAAACAUUCCGUCCAUCUCGAUUCAAUCAUAUUUACAUCGCAUCCUUAAAUAUUGCCCAGCAACGAAUGAUGUCUUUUUAAGCCUUAUAAUAUAUCUCGACCGCGUUGUACGGAAUUUUAAUUUCUCAUUUUUGAUUAAUAGUUACAACAUUCAUCGUUUUUUAAUCGCUGGCUUUACUGCUGGUAGCAAAUUUUUUAGCGACGUCUUUUAUACCAAUAUCCGUUAUUCCAAGGUGGGUGGAAUUCCCGUGCAGGAAUUAAAUCAUUUGGAACUUAGUUUCUUCUUAUUUAACGACUUUAAUUUGUUUAUUACCCUUGAAGAUUUACAAUCUUAUGCUGAUUUAUUGGUUUCUUGGCAUUCUCACCACACCUCUCCCUCCCCAGUCCUUUCCUUAACGCCUGCCGCAAACCAGUCUCUAUACUCUACUACUGCAUCAUCAUCACCUUCUUCUCCUUACCCAAAUCCUCCUUCCCAAAGGAAUUCCACUACCCAUUCUCCUGCGCCAACGUUUCCCUCAUCUCCCAAACCCAAGGACUCAAAUCACCCUCCAUCCCAAAACACUCCCCAGCAACAUCAAAAACAGCAAUCUGAAUCUUCCCCCAUAUACUCUACAUCUCCUCGACAACCCACUGUCGACCAUAAACUACUGUCGUCCAAUUCCUUAGGCUAAACUAAACACUUUUUUGUUCUCUUCUGGUUCCCCCCAAAAACCUCUCAUCAUUCCCCGCUAUCAUCAUCACCAUAUUUGUAUGAAAAGUAUUUGUCCUUUGUGUUUGUCUCACUUCCCUUUUUUCCCUCCUUUUGUCUCCUUCUUUCUCCUUUUCCCUUGUACAUUUAUCUUUUUGUCAUCUUGUACCACCUCUCAUCAUGGUUCGAUUCGUCUCGUUGCUUGGGAACUUUAAACAGUUUUCCUUUUGACUUUCUCUCUAGUUUUGUAAGUUUCUUUUUUCCAUCGAUAUUCCUUAUAAGCUAUUUUUCCUAUUCCUUUACCAGCGCUCUCUCCUUCCUCCAAACUGCAAAACAAAACCCUCUGUCUGUGAUUUCAAAAGUAUUUUCUGUACUAGUAGUAGAUGUCGUUAUUUAUGAAUUACGUUGUUCUUUCUAAUACUUUAUUUUUACUAUAAGGUAAUACGCUAGAGUAUCCUAUUCUAUAAGUUUCAAAAACUCGUCGAGUGUCUCAUGCUUUCUGUCUUACGCCAUACGUCUUUCUACACUAUUUAUUCCCAC